AAGAAGGCCAGCUUACCCGGCCCAAACUGCAAAGCGAAAACCCUAACAAAUUCUAAAUAUAAAAUCUCCUAUAGAGCCGAAACCUCGAUUGAAGUCUUCUUGUUCUACAGAUCUGAAGCCGCCCAAUCUCCUCAGCCAUGUCGAAGCGAGGACGUGGAGGAAGUGCUGGGAACAAGUUCCGGAUGUCGCUGGGUCUUCCAGUCGCAGCAACUGUGAAUUGUGCAGACAACACCGGGGCCAAGAACCUUUACAUAAUAUCUGUGAAGGGGAUCAAGGGUCGCCUCAACCGCCUGCCGUCCGCUUGUGUUGGUGACAUGGUGAUGGCCACUGUCAAGAAAGGGAAGCCCGACCUCCGAAAGAAGGUCUUGCCUGCUGUUAUUGUGAGGCAGCGCAAGCCGUGGCGCCGAAAGGAUGGUGUUUUUAUGUACUUCGAAGAUAAUGCUGGUGUUAUUGUCAACCCCAAGGGCGAAAUGAAAGGGUCUGCUAUUACUGGGCCAAUUGGAAAGGAGUGUGCUGAUCUAUGGCCAAGGAUUGCGAGUGCCGCCAAUGCCAUUGUUUAAAUGUUGGGAUUUUUGUCACUGAACUCUUUAGAAUGGUUUUUUUGAUGUUCUGAACCGUCUGGCUUAAUGCUGAGGAUUUAGCUUAACGAGGUUAAGUUUUACCAUAGAUAUUGAAAAGUCUAUCUUUUUACA